CGCAGGGUCAGCAGAGCGGGUUUGGAGCAGGCCUAGUGAGCACCCGGGCCUCUGCGUGGGUCGGGUGUGGGGAGGGCCAUAGGUGUGGGGUUCGAUACCAAGGCGACACUGGCAGCUCCUGGGUACUCCCUGCCAUUUCCUUUUCCUUAUCCCCGUCUUCUCAGUGUGAUUUUUUUUGGCCGGUGACACCUUGGGAAUGAUUCCCCUGUUCUCCACAUCAGAUUUUUUAUUUUUCAAAACAUAACUUGGUUGGCUCUCCAGAAAGUAUUUGAGAACAUUAAUGAUAAAAACUGAGUACUUUAUGGGCAGAAGAUUUGGUCUACUUCACUUUUGCAAAGAUUGACUUUGCCUCAGCUUCAGCAAACUCAUCGUCUAAGAUUGGUGGGCUAAGGCCAGUUUUUAGGUUGGCUUGAGCAGAAAAGUGAAAAGAGAAUGCUCAACUUUAACCGAUGUCAGCAUCUGAAAAAAAUAACUGAGAAAUGUUUUUCUCUUAUACAUGUUAACAUGGAUAAACAUCCACAGCUAUUUCUUUCAAGAACCUUUGUGCUUGCAGAAUUAAGGAAGUCAUGGCACUCAACCCAUUCGCUUGUUGGAGACAAAAAUAUUAUCCUGAUGGGACCGCCUGGAGCUGGGAAAACAACAGUAGGCAGAAUAAUAGGUCAGAAACUAGGUUGUUGUGUCAUAGAUAUGGAUGAUGAUAUCCUUGAAAAAACCUGGAAUAUGAGUGUGUCUGAAAAAUUGCAGGAUGUUGGUAAUGAACAAUUUUUAGAAGAGGAAGGAAGAGCCGUGUUAAACUUCUCUGCAUCUGGAAGUGUAAUUUCCCUUACUGGGUCCAAUCCAAUGCAUGAUGCUAGCAUGUGGCAUUUGAAGAAAAAUGGAAUAAUUGUAUACUUGGAUGUACCUCUAACAGAUAUAGUUAGCCGUCUAAAAUUAAUGAAAAUAGAUAGGAUUGUAGGUCAGAAUUCUGGGACAUCUAUGAUAGAGUUACUUAAAUUAAGAAGACAGUAUUAUAAGAAGUGGUAUGAUACCCGUGUUUUUUGUGAAAGUGGAGCUUCCCCAGAGAAGGUAGCUGACAAAGUGCUUAAUGCAGUUAAAAGAUAUCAAGAUGUGGACUCAGAAACAUUCAUUUCAACAAGACACAUUUGGCCUAAAGACUGUGAACAAAAGAUUUCAACAAAAUUCUUUAGCGAAGUUGUGAUUGAGGGGUUAGCUUCUGAUGGUGGACUCUUUGUUCCUGAGAAAGAAUUUCCAAAAUUAAACUCUGGGGAAUGGAAAAGCCUAGUAGGAGCAACCUAUGUAGAAAGAGCACAAAUACUAUUAGAAAAGUGUAUACAUCCUGCUGACAUACCUGCUGCCAGAUUGGGAGAAAUGAUUGAAAAGGCUUACGGGGAAAACUUUACCUGCUCAAAAAUUGCUCCUAUCAGGCACCUUUCUGGCAACCAGUUCAUCUUGGAGUUGUUUUAUGGACCAACAGGAUCAUUUAAAGAUUUAUCUUUACAACUUAUGCCUCAUCUUUUUGCAUACUGUAUCCCACCAAGUUGUAAUUAUAUGAUACUUGUAGCAACUUCAGGAGACACAGGGAGUGCUGUCUUAAAUGGUUUUAGUCAUCUUAAUGAGAAUGACAAACAAAGAAUAGCCGUGGCCACAUUUUUUCCUGAGAACGGAGUAAGUGACUUUCAAAAAGCACAAAUAAUUGGUAGUCAGAAAGAAAAUGGAUGGGCAGUGGGUGUCAAGUCAGAUUUUGAUUUUUGCCAGACAGCUAUAAAAAGAAUUUUUAAAGAUUCCAAUUUUACUGGCUUUCUUACUGUGGAAUAUGGAACAAUCUUAAGUUCAGCUAAUUCCAUAAACUGGGGCCGACUGCUUCCCCAAGUAGUUUAUCAUGCUUCUGCAUAUCUUGAUCUUGUUAGCCAAGGAUUUAUUUCUUUUGGAAGCCCAGUGGAUGUCUGUAUUCCCACAGGAAAUUUUGGUAACAUUUUAGCUGCAGUGUAUGCCAAAAUGAUGGGGAUUCCUAUUCGGAAAUUCAUUUGUGCCUCUAAUCAGAACCACGUUUUGACUGAUUUUAUAAAAACAGGACAUUAUGAUCUAAGGGGAAGAAAAUUAGCACAAACCUUUUCACCAGCAAUAGAUAUUCUCAAAUCUUCAAACCUGGAACGACACUUACACUUGAUGGCUAGUAAAGAUGGACAGUUAAUGACAAAAUUAUUUAAUCAAUUAGAAGAGCAGCAUCACUUCCAGAUAGAAAAGAUUCUAGUUGAGAAACUUCAACAGGAUUUUGUAGCUGAUUGGUGCUCUGAGGGGGAAUGCCUAGCAGCUAUCCACUCCACCUACAAUACUUCAGGGUAUAUUUUGGACCCACACACUGCUGUUGCAAAAGUGGUUGCAGACAGAAUGCAAGACAAGACUUGUCCAGUGAUGAUCUCAUCUACAGCCCAUUACUCAAAGUUUGCACCUGCUAUCAUGCAAGCUUUAAAGAUUCAAGACAUCAACCAAACUUCAUCAAGUCAGCUUUAUUUAUUGAGUUCGUACAAUGCUUUACCUCCACCACAUGAGACUAUACUAGAGAGAACAAAACAGCAAGAGAAGAUGGAGUACCAGGUCUGUGCAGCUGAUGUGAAUGUCCUGAAGAGUCAUGUGGAAAAACUAAUACAAAAUCAGUUCACAUAAAAGUUUUCUGAGUAAAAUAUUUUUUUCUGGUAAUAAGCAUGCAGUAAUAAAUCACAAAAGUUGAUUUGGAGUACAAUAGCAUUUUUAAUUUAAAUAUUUCUGUCUAUAUUGUUAUCUUCUGGAAGUUCAAUAGCCUAAUCUCUACAACUGAACUUUGUACCUGCACAUGCUCCUUGGAUCAUUAAUCUGGAAGUGACAAAAGGGGGCAUUGUGCAUGGACCCUUGUGCUGUUGUGCUGUGUUUGGAUAUAUCGGUUUCUACUUCCUAAUCCCCACUUUUAGGUGGACUAAAAUGUCUGAUAUUCAAUUUAGCAAUUGAAAUAUUUAAGCACAGUUGCUAACUACUAUAUCUGUAAUCAUUACUAGUUCUCUGUUGAUGAGAAAGAUAAUUUACCACUCAAAUGGCUAACUUGUCUGUAUGAAGUAGUAAGCUCAUCUAUUAAAGUUGAGUCAGUGUUUUUAACUUUAUUUAGAAUUCAUUUGGGUUCAAAUAAUUGUGUGUGUGUUACACCAUCCAAAUUACAUAAGUACUCUGUCCUUCACUCCCAUUUGGAUGUUUAUAGUUACAGUAUGUAGUUUGAAGAUCAGGAUUCAGAAAUAAAAUUACCUAUUUCAAGAGAAAAAAUUUUCAAAAUUCAGUGUAUGUAAAUUAAUAGAAGUAUAUUUAUAGGUAGCUGUUUCCCUGUAUAUUAAUUGUCUCUCUUUACAAUGAACAGUGUCUUUUUGACAACUAAAACCAUACACAACUGAUGCAUAUAUUUAAUUCUUUCUUUGUCAUAACAAUACAUUUUAACAAGACA